AUGGACUUCCCAUACCCUCCCCGAAGGGCCCCUUGGUUCGAUGUCGGUCAAACGCUGCAACUAUUUCCCCAUCUCAAUCCACCUGAACCUUGGGGCGGCGCCUACCCCUACCCUCCUGCCUCCGAGCUUAAGAAUAUUGCCGCCACAUACCCGCGCGGCUUCGAUCCGGCCGCGGAAGUCGACGAGGCGGCUAUCUGCAAGGUGAAGAUAAUCAAGCAUCUUCGGUUCGGCCUGGGUCGUGGUCCGCAGGUGCUGCUCUGCGAAAUCACCAAGUAUCCGCAAACCCUCGCACAGCCGCAGAUGCCGUUUCCGCGAUUCACUUCAGACCAGAAAGCCGAGAAUGAACAUCUUCUCGACUGGAUUGUUCUCAAGGUUUCUGACGGCCGCCUAUUUCCCAGCGGAAGUGUCUUUCCCCCUUGGAAUAACUGGGAGCUCGCAGACCAAUCCCACAGCCGCGACUCGUCUGCCCUGAAGUUUCUCUACCAGAAGCACUGGCAGCACCAUACCAUCAUGGGAAGUCCGUACCAUGUGCCAUCCUACUUCGGCACGUGGGUCGCUGAGAUUCCCUACAAGAACAAGGCCGGCGAGCAGAAGACCCGCUACGCUGGCGCCGUCGCCAUGGAGUUCGUUCGUGGUGUUUCCAUCAGUGAGCUCUGCAAGCGGGAGCCCCCCAAGAACCGCCAUCUCCGAUCGGACGACGCUGAAGACGAGCCUGGUCCCAACAUGGCCCGUCUCAUUCCUAGAAACGACCCAGAUCUUUUCGAAGGCCCGGAAUUCGCUGGGCAGGUGAUCGAGGUGGAGAACGAGACUUUCAGGCUGAUCGUGCUCAGGCGCAUGCUGGAUUGUGUGGUCAAGACGCUGCGUCUUGGUGCAGAGUACACCGAGAUGAGCCCCCACAACACAUUCGUGUCGGUUCUCGACGACCGCGGUGACAGAACCGUUACUCCCCGAGUUGUGUUCCUCGACUACUCCAACUUUGAAGUAUACGAGAAGACCAAGUACGCCGCAGAUCCCGAAUGGCCCGAUCAAGACCCUCUCACUGAAAAGCAAUACCCGAUCGAUCCGUUCGAGAGGUUCGCCACCGUCCAUCAGUGCACCUUUUCCGUAAACUUUUCCGGUUGUUACCCGGCUAUCUGGGACAAGUAUCCGCUCCUGUUCUACUGCUGGCUCGGGAAGACAUUUGGUGGCAUCGUGGAGGGCCCUACGUACUCGAUCUUCCAGGACCGCGGCGACGAACCUACCCGCUCGUUAAGAAAGAUUGUGGCAGACCAUGGGGCUUCUCACGCUGAAGCUCCCGUGCAUUCAAAGGACGAUUUUCUGCGUUCGGUGAAGGAGCACACCGGGAUGGAUGUUUCGCAGUACAUCAACUGGAAGACCUACGAAAAUCUUGUUUGCAGGAACUGCCCAUCGUUCGACAUCGGCCAGAAGCUUGAUUUGAUACCACGAGUCAAUCCACCCGAGCCGUGGGGCUACGGCGUCUACCCCCCUCCCACUCCCUCUCAGCUAGACAACCUCGCAACACACCCCAGCGGCUUCGACCCAAACGCAGAUAUCGACAAAAAGACGACCGCCACGGUCAAAAUAAUCAAACGGCAUUCGAACACUCUCAAGCAUGGUCACCAAGUGUUGCUGUGCAAGAUGACAAAGUACCCACGAUCCCUCGCGCAGCCCCAAAUGCCGUUCCCACGCUUCGACCCUGAAACAAAGACGGACAACUCAGUUAAUUACUUCAUCCUCAAAGUUUCGGAUGGACUUCUAUUCCCCAGAGGACUUGGUGUACCUCCAUACGACAAUUGGCAGCUUGCUGAGCAUUUUCACGUUCGCGAAUCGGCGGCACUAAGGUUCCACUACGAAAAGCAUUUAGUGCGUGGCGACAUCAUGGGCCCUCCUUACCAUGUGCCUUCUUACUAUGGCACGUGGAUUGUCAAACUUCCAUAUACCGAUCAACGAGAAGGAGUUAGGAAGAUCCGAUACUUCGGCGUGAUUGCCACAGAGUACGUCCGAGGGCUCUCUAUCAAGAACCUUUGUAGUUCGUACGAUCCGGAGGAGACCAGGCUGGUCCCGAAAAGUUACAAUGUGAUACCCGAAUACGAUUCAGAUCUCGGUCCAAUGAAUCCACAAGACGAGACUUUUCGAUUAGACGUCCUCAAGCUUUGGUUGGAAGGGGUCGUCAAGUCUCUGCAUGUCGGUGUUCAAUGGUGCGAUCUGAAUCCCCAAAACAUUCUCGCAACAGUCCUUGACCUGAACGGUUCAUCGGUCCCUACUAGAGUGGUUUUUUCCGACUUUUGCCGCACCGAGAUAUACGAGAAGGCUCAACUUGCCAGAAACCCCGAAUGGCCUAGUCGACAUCCGCUAACAGAGCUGCCUAACCCGCCUCUCCCGUUCGAAAGGUUCUGUAUUGAUGCGAUUUCGCUCUUCCUAGGAUGGUAUCCGCAAAGGUGGGAAGAAAGUCCAUGGCUCUCCGAAUACUCUGUCUUCAGGACGUCCAUGAGUGACUAUGACCGGAGAGUUCGUGAGCUCGGGAAGAUUGUGGCGGACCUAGGGGCUGAAAGUCGAAGCUCGCAGCCUGAGGCCUCGUAUGGCGAAGAUUGCGAGAAUGCCAUUGAAGAGCUGCGAAGCCGGAAGGCAGAUGAAUGGGCUGUGCGCAACGUGGAGACGUUCGAAAACGACACGCCCCCCUCGUGCCUCGCUAUGUAUGGGCACCUGAAUGCUGGAACAUGGGGAGUGAAGUUGUUCACCUCAAAGCGCGAGAGAAGUAAGAGUGGGGAUGGCUCGGAAGAGGAGACUUCUAGCCCCAAAAGGCAGAAGCAAAGAACACAGGAUGGUUUUAGUUGCUCGGUGAACGUUAAUAGAAAGCAAUAA